AUGAAGAUCUCCACUCAUCUCUUAUAUGCCUUCAUGGUACUCCUCCCCCUCACAGACGCCCACCCAGGAAUGACCUCCCAAAUAACCACAAUGCGCCGGCUCGCCGCCAAACAAUCCCGACAAGCCUCCAAAGAACUCAUCGGCGAUCUCAAAACCCUGCCCGACUCCAAACUAACCCCCAUCGCCAAAGACAUCAAAGCCAUUAUCCUUGACCAAAAGUCUGCAGAAUCAAACACAAUCGACUCUUCCAUCCCUGCUGGCAACAUUGGCAGCGCCGCCUGCAAAGCAGACGCCUGUUGCCAUUGGAAAUGGCUUGCAUAUGAGAUGACGGCCAAGUUCAACGGCACCUCGGGACGGUGCACCAAGUUUGCCAGACAGGCUGUUCGACUUGGGUUCCAUGACGCGGGGGUGUGGACUAAGACUAGUGGAUAUGGAGGUGCGGAUGGGAGUAUCCUGCUCAGCAACGAGAUGAGCCGGACAGACAAUGAUGGACUGCAGGCUAUUGCUGAUCAGACCAAGAAGUGGUAUAACAAGUACAAUCAGCAUGGCAUGAGCAUGGCAGACAUUAUCCAGUUUGGUGCCAACGUCGCCACCGUGGUCUGCCCACUCGGUCCUCGGGUUCGCAGUUUUGUGGGAAGAAAGGACAACAGCAACGCAGGGCCGACGGGACUGUUGCCGGGGGAAAAGGACUCGGCGGACACGCUGUUGAAGCUAUUCGCAGCCAAGACAAUCGAUGCGCAUGAUCUUGUGGCGUUGGUGGGUGCGCAUACGACAUCGCAGCAGCAUUUUGUCGAUACAACACGUGAUGGUGAUCCACAGGAUACUACGCCUGGUGUUUGGGAUAUUGCAUUCUACCCGCAGACGACGGCAAAUCCGCCUGUGAGGGUGCUGAAGUUUCAGAGUGAUAUCAAUCUGAGCAAAGAUUCCAGGACGAAAGGCGAAUGGGCCGAGUUCAGCGACCGUAAUCUCGGACAAAGUCACUGGAACGAGGACUACGCAAAAGCUUACACUCGCCUCUCACUCCUUGGUGUAAAUAAUAUCAAUGAGUUGAAAGAGUGCACAAAGGUGAUGCCCGCAGCACGCACGACAUUCGUCAGUGAGGACCAAGUGCUACUUGAUAGGUGGCUGAAUGGCGAAUUCGAUCAACUGAAUAACCUAGUUGACGAUGCUAUCCAGCUCACGGGCGUUGUCUCUGGAACAUAA